AUGGAGAAGCAGUCGAGAUGGUCGGAGCAGCGCUCCGAACAACGUUCUGAGCAACGCGUUCAACAACACUCCGAACGACGCGAGCAAGUUGUGCAGCAACAGGAGAGGAUCCAACGCACGGAGCAACACUUUACAAGACAAAUGACGACACAAGUGGAGAGCUCCGGUGAUCGCCAGCCCAUCACUGCAGGUCGGCCUGGUGAACCCUCCCCGCCAAUAUUCGAGCAAAUAUUCAAAAAUGCUAGAUUUGCACAAGGUGGCAAUGCUAAGUUCGAAGGAAAGCUUAGAGGAAACCCUACACCCGUCGUAUCGUGGACGAGAAAGAAGGCGCCUCUUGUUGAAUGUAAUAAAUACAGCAUGCGUUACAACGAACAAACUGGCGACGUUUCGCUGCUUAUAAAACAAAUUGGACCUGGUGAUGAGGGCGAGUACACCUGUACAGCUCGUAAUCAGUAUGGUGAAGCUAUCUGCUCCGUAUACAUUCAACCUGAAGGUGUCCCGGUACCUGCUCAACAAGCUAGUCAGCAACAAAGCUACCGACAUGUUAGUGAAACAGUCGAGCACAAAGCCUACGGUACACAAGGAUACACAACAGAACAGUCACGACAAACACAGAAAGUAGCAUACACUAAUGGUACUGACCAUUCUUCAACGGACGACUUCAAAGUAGACACCUUUGAGUACAGACUUUUGAGAGAAGUAUCAUUUAGGGAAUCCAUCACGAAAAGAUACGUAGGAGAAAGCGAUGUUCAAAUUUCAACAGAAAUUGAUAGAUCUCUAGGACCUGUAUCUCCACCGAAAAUAGCUCAGAAACCGAGAAACUCUAAACUGCAAGAAGGAGCUGAUGCACAGUUCCAAGUACAAUUAUCGGGUAAUCCCAGACCGCGAGUUACUUGGUUCAAAAAUGGACAGCGCUUAAUCAACUCAAACAAGCACGAAAUCAUAACGACCCAUAAUCAUACGACGCUAAGGGUAAGAAAUACUCAAAAAUCAGACUCCGGCCAUUACACUUUACUGGCUGAAAAUCCCAACGGUUGCAUUGUAACCUCAGGAUAUCUUGCUGUUGAAUCUCCGACCGAAAGUUAUGUACAGGACCAAAGGUCACAAUACAUAACUGAUACUCAACAAAGAGAGACUGAAGAAAGAAUAGAAAUAAGUGAAAAAGCUCUUGCUCCGCAAUUUGUUAAGGUUUGCCAAGACCGUGAUGUAACGGAGGGUAAAAUGACGCGAUUCGAUUGCCGCGUCACAGGCAGACCUUACCCUGAAGUCACGUGGUUCAUUAACGAUAGACAAAUACGAGACGAUUAUAAUCAUAAGAUAUUAGUAAACGAAUCCGGUAAUCAUGCACUUAUGAUUACAAACGUCACUCUCAGUGAUAGUGGUGUGGUUACUUGUGUCGCACGUAAUAAGAGCGGCGAGACAGCUUUCCAGUGUCGACUGAAUGUUAUUGAAAAGGAACAAGUAGUAGCUCCUAAAUUCGUGGAGCGUUUCAGCACACUGAAUGUUAGAGAAGGCGAACCGGUUGUGUUGAAUGCCCGCGCUGUCGGCACACCAACGCCACGAAUCACAUGGCAGAAGGAUGGCGUUCCGAUAAUACCCAAUCCAGAAUUACGAAUUCAUACUGACGGUGGGGCCUCGACGCUAGAUAUACCGCGAGCCAAGGCGUCGGAUGCGGCAUGGUACCAAUGCACCGCUCAAAACGUCGCAGGUUCCACCGCCACUCGGGCCAGGCUCUAUGUCGAAGUUCCGAAAGAGCCUCCGCCCGAGCAGAAGCGUCUACACCUACCCCGGCCUACAAAAGUAAUCGAACCAGAGCCUGCUCCUGGACCAGAAAUUAUUUACUUAAGGCACGUGGAAAGGGCAAGACCGUAUAUUCCUCCCGGUGAGGAAGACCGCGUCUAUCCUCCGCCACAGUUUAUUGUGCCACUGAAGAGCGUCACGGCUAUGGAGGGUGGCAAAAUACACUUUGAGACGAGGAUAGAGCCGGUUGGCGACCCCACGAUGAAAAUUGAAUGGUUGAAAAAUGGACAGAGUAUUGAAGCAAGUUCAAGAUUUACGUCAAUAUUCCGUUUUGGUUACAUUUCUCUUGAUAUGCUCAGUCUGAAUAUCCAAGACAGUGGUGAGUACACAUGCAGAGCGGUGAGCGCAACGGGGGUUGCUGAAACAAAAGCUGUGUUACACGUAACUCCCAGGGCUACUAUCGAAAGAACUAGCCAACACCCAGAAACUCUGCAGUACAUACAACAAUUAGAAGAUUAUUCAAAAUAUCAACACCAAGAAUCUAUCGAAGAACAAACAUCUCAGAGGCCACAAUUUAUAAGACCUCUGCAGGAUCUUGGUGAACUUCAGGAAGGCAGAAAUGCCCAUUUCGAAGCACAACUGACUCCAGUGAGCGACCCCACAAUGAGGGUAGAGUGGUAUAAAGAUGGCAGACCAAUUACAGCUAGCUCGCGAAUCACGUCAAUCUUCAACUUCGGCUACGUCUCCCUUAACAUCAUGCACCUACGGGCUGAAGAUGCAGGUUCGUACACAGUUAGAGCUGUAAAUAAAUUGGGUGAAGCUAUCAGUACCGCUUCUAUUAGAGUCGCAGCGAGGAGUACGGUUACCGCAGAUCUUGGUAUUCCUGAGCAACGUAGAUACAUCGAAAAAACAGAACAAUUAGAAGCUUAUCAACAACAGCAACAUCAAAAAUAUUAUCAAAGUACCAAAGUACACAAACCAGAAUUUAAAACUCCUAUCAAAGACCAAAUCAGCAUCAAAGAAGGAGGAUUCGCUCAUUUCGAAGCCCGGUUAGAACCAAUCGGGGAUUCGACUUUAAGAGUUGAAUGGUUAAAGGAUGGUCGCCCAGUCGAAGCUAGUUCAAGAAUAACGACCUUCUUCAACUUUGGAUAUGUCGCAUUAACUAUCAAAUCAGUUACGGUACACGAUGCAGGUCAUUACACCUGCCGAGCCUACAAUGCUAUCGGUCAAGCAACUACAAGUGCCAACUUAACGAUCGUAACUAAAAAGGAUAUUAUUGCGGAAUCACAGCAUCCUGGUGGACUAGAAAAAAUUCAAUACCUUGAGGACGCUAGUCGCUAUUCAAAGAGAACUGAAGAAGAAGUAAAGAUCACACAAAAGCCUCGGUUCUUAGGACCCCUUAAAGGCACAAAUAAAAUUGUUGAAGGACAAAGUGCUCACUUUGAAGCCAGAGUUGAACCUCAAAGCGAUUUGACGAUGACUGUAGAGUGGUACUUUAAUGGAAAACAGAUUACAAGUGCUAAUCGUAUUCAAACAUAUCAUGAUUUCGGUUAUGUUGCCCUUGACAUCGCAAGCGUUAGGGCUGAGGAUUCUGGCGUUUAUACUGUCGUGGCACGUAAUGCAGCCGGCGAAGCGCAGUUAAGCGCGUCAAUGACAGUCGAAACACGAUCCAGCAUUGAUACAUCUAGUAUUCAUCGUGGUUUAUAUGAAAAGACAAGACACAUUGAAGAAUCCAAAUUUGUAGAGCCUAUGUAUCAGAUUGAGGAAAUAUCCAAGUCAAAACCUGUGUUCGUGCAGCCUCUGUCUAACCCGCCUCCAGUUUCUGAAGGAAAGAACAUUCAUCUUGAAUGCAGACUUGAACCUAUGGGUGAUCCUACAAUGAGAGUAGAGUGGUUCCAUAAUGGUAGAUCAGUCACUGUCGGUUCGCGAUUCAAAACUUAUUACGACUUUGGCUUUGUUGCUCUUGACAUUAUACAUGCAACUUCUGCUGAUACUGGCGAGUAUACAGUGAGGGCUGUAAAUCAUUUAGGAUCUGCUCACACUUCAGCAAUAGUACGAGUUAUCGAGAGAUCAGACAUCGUUACAGACACGCAAAAUGAACAAGCUAUAGAACAAAUUCAAUUAUUAGAAGAUGCUGCUCGAAGAACCAAACAAGUGCGGGAAGACAUAACCGUUAUGCAAGCACCACAGUUUUCAAGAGCACUUCAUAACAUCGAAACUGUUGAAGGUACAAACGUACAUUUGGAAUGUCGUUUGCAACCCGUUGGUGAUCAGACCAUGAGAGUCGAAUGGUUCUGUAACGGAAAACCAAUUAAAACCGGACACCGCUUUAGACCGGCUUACGAAUUUGACUAUGUAGCUCUUGACCUGUUAAGCGUGUAUCCAGAAGACUCUGGUGUUUACACUUGUCAAGCUACAAAUCAACUUGGAGAAGCAGUAACGUCUUGUGCGUUACGUGUAAUUGCUAAAAAGGAUCUAAUUCUUGAGUCACAACAUCCAUCAGGCUUAGAGAAAAUUCAAUAUCUAGAAGACACAUCCCGUUACAAGAAAACUGAUAUAAUUGAUGAGUCAGUGACUAUAAAGCCACGAUUCGUAACACGGCCAAAGUCAAUUGAAAAUGUCAUUGAAGGUCAGCAUGUCCACUUUGAAUGCAAACUUGAACCAGUGACAGAUUCAAAUCUUAAAGUUGAAUGGUUCAAAAACGGUCAACCCGUUACGAUAGGACAUAGAUUCAGACCAAUCCAUGACUUUGGGUACGUGGCCCUUGAUAUCAUUGACUUGAUUGCUGAAGAUUCUGGGAUUUACACUUGUCGUGCUGUUAACCUUGUUGGUACUGAUGAAGUUAGCUGCAGGCUCACAUGUCGCAGUACAACCGACAUCGUCAGAAGCACUCAAAAUGAAGCCGGCUUGGAACAAAUUCAAGUUUUAGAAGAUCGAUCCAAAUAUCACAGAACUGACAUGGUUGAUGAAGUCACAACCCAGGCUCCUAUAUUUACGACAUCGUUGAAGAACGUCGAAAUCAAGGAAGGACAACGCGCUCACUUCGAAUGCAGAUUGAUACCAGUAUCUGAUGCUACAUUGAAAGUAGAAUGGUAUCACAACAAUAAACCUCUGAAAAGCGGCUCGAGAUUUACCGAAACCAACAAUUUUGGUUUCGUCGCUUUAGAUAUCAUGUCUUGCUUGCCAGAGGAUUCAGGUACUUAUACCUGCAGAGCAAUAAACGCUCUUGGGGAAGCCGUAACUUCUGGCAUCGCAAUAGUACAUUCCAAAAAAUCAAUAUAUUUGGAGUCUCAACAUGAAGGAGCUCUUCCAAGGCUUAAUCAAUUGGAAGAUACUUCAAAGUAUCAAAGGCACAGCGCACAAGACGAGGUAAUUACUCAAGCACCUGUGUUCACUAUGCCGAUGAAAGACAUAAGAGUCGCUGAAAACCAAGCAGCUCACUUUGAAGCCAGACUCAUACCUGUUGGCGAUCCAAAACUACGCGUAGAAUGGUUGCGCAAUGGUGUCCCCAUAGAAGCAUCGAACCGUUUGACUACAAUGCACGAUUUUGGGUACGUCGCAUUAAACAUGAAAUACGUAAAUCCUGAAGAUUCUGGCACAUACACGUGUCGGGCUAUAAAUGAGCUGGGUGAAGCCGUAACAUCUUCGACGCUGUUCGUGCAGUCGAAAGCAUCCCUACAGCUCGAAUCACAACACGAAAGCGCUCUUCAGAAAAUUCAACAGCUUGAAGACUCUUCGCGGUAUCAAAGACGAGAGGACGUAGAAGUGGCUGUAAAUCAAGCGCCCAGAUUUAUAACUCAACUAAAUGGACCAACAAAGCUAAGCGAAGGCCAAAGUGCGCAUUACGAAUGUCGUAUCGAACCUUACCCGGAUCCGAAUAUGCGCGUUGAAUGGUAUUUCAACGGCAAAGUACUCCAAAGUGGACACCGCUACCGGACUUCCAAUGACUUCGGCUUUGCAGCACUUGAUAUUCUCACCGUUUAUGGUGAAGAUUCUGGUGAAUACACAUGCAAAGCUAUUAAUAACUUAGGACAAGCUGUUUCUUCCAUUCGGUUGAAUGUACAAUCAAAGGAAUCUAUAAUUAGAGAUUCUCAGCACGAAAGCGCUUUGGAGAAAAUCCAAUACCUUGAAGAUGAUAGCAGAUAUAAACGGGCCGUUCAAGAUGAUAGCUUUGUAGUUGAGAAACCACAGUUCGGCAAACCGAUAAAGAAUGCAGAAGUAACAGAAGGUCACCCAGUGCACCUUGAAGCUACGCUAACGCCAGUCAACGACCCUACCAUGCGAGUCGAAUGGUACUGCAACGGUAGACCUGUACAACAAGGACAUAGAUUUAAGACGACUUAUGAUUUCGGCUAUGUUGCCUUGGACAUUUUGUAUGCAUAUGCAGAAGAUACAGGAACUUACAUGUGUAAAGCGACAAAUGCCGUUGGCGAAGCUGUCACUACCAGCUCAGUAAAAGUAGACGCAAAAUCUGGUCUGUAUCUCGACACGUUGGAUGAACAAAGACUUAAGAAGAUACAAGAGUUGGAGAAAUACGAAAGACCUAAGCCAAUUGAAGAGGAGCAGCCAGGUCAGAGGCCGGUCUUCUUAACUGCUCUGACUAGUCUUGAGAAUCUUAAAGAAGGCGAUCGUGCGCACUUUGAGUGCAGAGUAGAGCCAAUCAACGAUCCUCAUCUGACAAUUGACUGGUUCCAUAAUGGCCAGAAGAUCAGAGCCGGGCAUAGGUACAGAACCACACACGAUUUCGGCUAUGUUGCUCUGGAUAUCUUGUAUACUUAUGCUGAAGAUUCUGGAACAUAUAUGUGCAAAGCUACCAACAAACUCGGUGAAGCUGUCAACACAUGCACGUUGAAGGUUGCAGGACAUAGAAACAUUAUAUUGGACACACAACAUCCUAACGGCUUGGAAAAGAUAAGACAACUUGAAGCUCAAGGUCACUCUACAAGGAUCGAAGUUGAAGAGCCAAAGAUAAGCCCGCCAAGAUUUGUUACGGAGUUACGAGGCACCACACAUGUUUUUGAAGGAAAAACAGCUCAUUUUGAAUGCCAAGUCGAACCAGUACAUGAUCCUAAUCUACGUAUUGAAUUUUAUCACAAUGGCAAGGCCCUGCAAUCUGCCGCACGAUUCCAUAUCACUUUUGAUUUUGGUUACGUGUCAUUGGAUAUUCAACACUGCGUACCUGAAGAUGCAGGAGAAUAUUCGGUUAAGGCAAUUAAUGCUCUAGGACACUGUACAUCAGCAAUCUCCAUGACAGUAACCGCAAAAGGCAGUAUAAUAUCGGAAUCUCAACGUCCAGAAGGUUUAGAGAAAAUCCGAGAAUUGGAAUCAGCUGAACCGUUCAAACGUCCCGAAAUUCCGGAACCAGUUACUAGGCAAAGGCCCGUAUUCACUCAACCGUUACAGAAUAUUGAUAAUAUUCAGGAAGGCCAGACUGCACACUUUGACUGCAGAUUAAUUCCGGUUGGAGAUCCAACUUUGAAAGUUGAAUGGUUCAGAAACGAGAAACUCAUUGAAGACAGUUCCAGAAUCACGAAAACGCACGAUUUCGGUUAUGUAUCCAUGACCAUUUCACACGUACGCGAUGAAAUGGGCGUUUACAUGUGCAGAGCUUCCAACUUACUUGGAGAAGCAGUAACUACGGCUGCAAUGAAAAUCAAAACAAAAGCAGCAAUCCAGUUGGAGACCCAACAUCCCGAAGGAAUGAAGAAAAUUCAGAAACUUGAACAGCCUCAUGAGAGACGUUCAGAAGAGCCAGAUCGCGAGUUCGAAAAACCGAUAUUCACUCAGGUUCUUACUGGGCCAUCCGAACUGUGGGAAGGACAACACGCACAUUAUGAAGCUCGCGUAGUUCCUGUCGGUGACCUAGUUCGGUUUGAAUGGUACAUAAAUGGCGUAGAAUUGAAAAUGGGUUCAAGGUUCCGCACCACUCAUGACUUUGGUUUUGUUACUUUAGACAUUAAUUCAGUCGUGGCAAAUGACGCAGGUUUAUACAUGUGCAAAGCUAUUAAUAGAGCUGGUAGCACAGUUUCUUCGACAUCACUUAAAGUCAAAACUAAAUCUACUAUUAUCGACCAGGCCAUGAGACCCGAGUCGUGGGAACAAAUUCAAUUAAAGGAAGCUGCCAUGAACAAGGUUCCCGAAAUGUUCGUUGACACUGGUGUUCAACAAGCCCCUAUUUUCACUACACAUCUAAAAAGCUACGACAAGCUUGUAGAAGGACAGCACGUGUAUUUGGAAGCUCAGGUAGAACCACGUACUGAUCCAAACCUUAAGAUUGAGUGGUUCAAAAAUGGAGUCACGCUAACUACUGGAGCUCGAUUGAAGAGUACGUUUGACUUUGGUUUAGUUACUCUUUCUAUUAAUAGCUUGCGAAAUGAUGAUUCGGGUAUUUACACAUGUAAAGCAACAAAUCUUUUGGGUGAAGCUGUAUCAACUGCAUCGAUUAAAAUAGAAGAUCGUCAUUGGUUGCUUGGAGAAUCACUUCAUCCGGACUCACUCGAUCGUAUUGGGGCACUUGAGCAGCCCAAGCCUGAAAAACCUGAAGCUCCCGAACCAACUUAUGAAACGCCCGUAUUCAUAUCCCAUUUAAAUAAUAUUGUAUGUAAAGAAGGAGAUAAUAUUCAUUUCGAAUGUAAUGUGGAACCAUCUAGAGAUCCUACUCUUAAAAUCGAGUGGUUCUUUAAUAAUAAACCUCUACCAUCGGGAACUAGGUAUAAGAGUACUCAUGACUUCAGCUAUGUUUCGCUUGAUAUAACGCAUACUUACGAAGAGGAUUCCGGUAUUUACACUUGUAAAGCAACGAACAGCAAGGGCUCAGCUACAACUUCUGGUUCAUUAAGAUGCACGGGUGACAAAACAUUUACUUAUACUCAGCAUCCUCAAGGUAAAGCUGGUUUGGAAGCUGUCGAACAAGCUGAGGAAGCUAGAUUGGCAAAGGGUAGGAGGCCUUCCGUUCCGGAUACAGAAUAUCCAAAACCAGAAUGGAUUAUACCAAUUGCUGCUGAGCAUCAACUAGUAGAAGGCCAAGUACUUCAUUUGGAAGGCCAAGUAGAACCCAAGAAUGAUCCAGAUCUCAAGAUUGAGUGGUAUUUCAAUGGUAAAGUUUUGGAACAAGGUUCCAGAUUCAAACUUACUAGUGAUUUCGGAUUCGUGACGCUAGAUCUCGUGGACGUGUAUGAAAGAGAUAGUGGCAUUUAUACGUGCAAAGCUUACAACAAGAGGGGUGAAGCUUUUACUUCAUCUACUGUAUAUUGCACUAGUAAAGAUAAUCUAAUUGAAAGAACUCAACAUCCGAAAGGAACUGAAGGUUUAGAAAAGAUUCAAAAUUUGGAGGAUUCUCUUCGCAAAGAACCCGGGCAACAGCCUGAUGACGAUACAGGUAGACCACCAGAAUUUACCACCGUUUUCAAAGACAUUGUUGAUAUUAGUGAAGGACAAAUUGCUCACUACGAGGCAUCUUUGAUACCAACUGGCGACCAAAGUAUGGUUAUUGAAUGGUUCUAUAACGGAAAGACCAUUGAAGCUAGUCAUCGCAUCCGCACAGUUUACGCAUUUGGGAUGGUGGUUUUAGAGAUACUAGGAACUAAAACUACUGAUUCUGGAACAUAUUCCUGUCGUGCCACAAAUAAAUGGGGACAAGCUGAAAUAAGCGUGAAACUAGAAUGCGUGGAUAAGAGUAAAGGACAGAAACCUAGAUUCACAACACACAUACAAAACAUUGAAGGUCUAAAAGACGGACAGUCUGCACACUUCGAAUGCACUGUCGUACCAGUCGACGAUCCGGAUAUGAAAAUCGAAUGGUACCACAAUGGUCAACAUAUGCGUCACUCUACAAGAAUCAAAACUGUUUCAGACUUUGGAUUCGUCGUUCUCGACAUAGCUUACACACAGAAUCACGACUCUGGUGAAUAUGUUUGUCGCGCCUACAACAAAUAUGGUGAAGACUUUACUCGUGCCACUAUAAACUGUUAUGGAAAAGGUGGCGUCUACCUGGAAAGCUUACAGCCAGAUUCUUUAGCAAAGAUAAGGGAAUUAGAAAGCUUACAAGGAGCGCAACAACAGACACCAUCAACACCAUCUGCUGAGCCACCUAAGUUCAUAACUCAAAUUCAGGAUGUUACGAAAUUAGUUGAGGGACAGAGUGCUCACUUCGAAGCAAGACUUGUACCAGUAGAUGACCCUGACUUAAAGGUUGAAUGGUUCUAUAAUGGGAAAAAGUUGCCUCAUGGACAUAGGUACAGAACGUUCCAUGACUUUGGUAUUGUAAUUUUGGAUAUUUUAUAUUGUUACGAAGAAAAUUCUGGUGAAUAUGAAUGUGUCGCCACCAAUAAGCUAGGACGUGACUCUACGAAGGCCAAUCUUAAGUGCACAUCAAAAGAAAACUUAAUCCUGGACUCGCAACUUCCGCGGGUGAGGCAUGAAGGUGGAUUGGAAAAACUUCAAACUUUGGAAGAUUCUAUGGUUCGAAGGAAAGAUACAUCUGUAGAAGAAGAAAAGGGCAAAGCUCCAGUGUUUACAGUUCCACUUUCAAACAUAGAAAAUUUGCGAGAAGGCGAAAAUGCUCACUUUGAAGCUAGACUGACACCGACCGAUGAUCCUAACCUAAAAGUUGAAUGGUACUGGAAUGGAAAAUCACUUAAAGCUGGGUCCAGAUUUAGGACAUUCUGCGACUUUGGAUUCGUUAUUCUGGAAAUAUCUCCGACGUAUCCUGAAGAUUCUGGAGAAUAUUUGUGCAGAGCCUACAAUAACUAUGGUGAAGCCGUUACCACGGCUUCUAUGAAGGUACAAGGAAAACGUAAUAUCAUUUUGGAAUCACAGCUGCCGAAGGGAAUGGAAGGGACCAUUGAUAAGAUUGCAGCUUUAGAAGGUUACUCUGGAACCGUAGAUACCUUGACACCAGAAGCUGAAAGUGGAAACCCACCAGAAUUCACAACGACUCCUUCGGACCUAAUUCUUUCCGAAAACUCAUCGGCUCAUUUCGAAUGUCGCUUGAUACCAGUAAACGAUUCGAGUAUGCGUGUUGAAUGGUUCCACAAUGGAAAACCGCUAUUAACCGGAUCUAGGGUUAAGACCAUUAAUGAUUUUGGUUUCGUAAUCUUGGAAAUCGGCGGAGUGUAUCAACGAGAUGCCGGUCUGUACACAUGCAAGGCAACAAAUCGUCACGGUGAAGCAACCGUAUCUUGCAAGUUGCAAGUAAAGGGAAGACAGGGCAUUAUCCUUGAACCUCAGUUGCCUUCACACUUUAAGUCCGGAACUGAGAGUAUCCAGAAACUAGAAGAAACGCUUCACAAACGCGAAGAGAUUACUAUCGAAGACGAAAAACCGAACCCGCCGAGAUUCACGGUAGAGAUAAAAGAUAAUAUCGACGUACCUGAAGGCGGUCCGGUUCACUUCGAUUGUCGUGUUGAACCAGUAGGUGACCCUACCAUGAGGAUUGAUUGGUUCCACAAUGGCAGGCCAUUUGCUACCGGCUCUCGUGUGCACACGCUUAAUGAUUUUGGUUUUAUUGCUUUAGACAUUGAUUACAUUUAUGCUCGUGACGCCGGCGAAUAUACCUGUCGGGCCACAAACAAAUGGGGAUCAGCAACUACUACAGCUAAAAUAACUUGCAGCGCCAAACGCGAUAUCGUUCUAGAGUCACAAUUGCCGCAAGGUAUGAGUGGCGAAAAGAUUAAAGAACUGGAAAGAGGCCGCAUAAGCGAUGCUCCGAAAGAAGAACCGAUCGUUAGUACACCGCCUAAGUUUAUCACGCAAAUCAAAUCGCACACAGUAGAAGAAUCAGAGGGUGUACGAUUUGAGUGUCGCGUCGAACCUAAAGAAGAUCCUAAAUUACGCAUAGAAUGGUACCGCAACGGAAAAUUGUUACCUUCCGGCCAUCGAUAUAGGACGGUAUACGACAUGGGCUUUGUUUCUUUGGACAUCUUGUAUGUUUAUGCUGAAGACUCCGGUGAAUACAUUUGUCGUGCCGUUAACGACUUCGGAGAGGAUUUCACAAAGGCUACAAUUUCGUGCAAGAAAUUACCUGAUAUUAUUCUACAAAAUCAAGUUCCUCGUGGAAUGAAGAGGUCUGAAGCGCUCACACAGAUGGAAGCUACAAUAAAAAAAUAUACAUCUGAAGUUUAUCUGACGGAGGAUGAUCUGUAUGACGUGGAUAAGAAACAACCACCACGCUUCGUUACGCAGAUACAAAGCCAAACCAGUUUGGUAGAAAUGGAAACUACUAAAUUUGAAUGUCAACUGGCGCCAGUAGGAGAUCCUAAUAUGAAAGUCGAAUGGUUCUUUAACGGAAAACCUUUACUACAUAAAAAUCGUUUCACACCCAUUUACGACUUCGGUUACGUUGCUAUGAACUUCGGUUGGGUAUAUCCUGAAGACAGUGGGGAAUACCUUUGCCGCGCUACCAAUCUGUAUGGAAUGGAUGAAACCAAAGCAGUCAUCAAAACAACAGGAAAACCAGGAAUCGUAUACGAUUCACAAUUACCUAAACACAUGAAGAGCAUUGAAAAAAUACGAGAGAUGGAAGCAUCUUGGCAAGUGACGCCCGAGCAAGUAGUGGAAGAAAGUAAGGCGCGCUGCCCACCUGUCUUCGUUAGUCUUCCGGACGCAGUUACGGUAGAAGAAGGAGAAUGGGCUCGUUUCUGCUGUCGCGUAACUGGUCAUCCAAAACCACGAGUGAUGUGGCUCCUAAACGGCAACACCAUCGUCAAUGGAUCAAGAUACAAACUGACUUACGAUGGAAUGUAUCAUUUCGACAUACCAAAGACAAGGCAAUAUGAUACUGGUAAAAUCGAAGUUAUUGCAAGAAGCUCAGCCGGCGAGGCGGCGGCAUCAGCCGAAUUAAAAGUUAUUCCCAGACAUGACGAUUAUCGAGGUGUAUUGAAGAACGCACCACGUCCGUGGUACGAUGAAACGACACAAUAUCAACGCACUGAAACCGAAUUAGAGAAAACAUUUGAGGAGCGUCAAGUACUGCAACGCCAGGGCGUUAUUGAUCACAGACCAGAGUUAAAACCUAAAGUAAUCAAAGAACCAGAAACGGAAUGGCAACAGUCUGUAAAGAGGAAAAAGAAUGAGGAAUAUUACAAUAAACUUCAAGAAUUGGAAAACGAACAGGUCAUCAAGGAGAGUAGGCUGAGAGAAUCGACUCACCAAUACGCUAUUCCCGGUGAUAAAGUUACAAGCAAUACUGUAGCUAAAAGCAUGGCCCAACGAUACGAGGACAACCUUGACCAGACCGAAGAAGUAACGGAACAAAGAGUGCAAAAGAAGGUGACUCAAAAGCCAAGAAUACCGGAUCCUUCGGAAUCGACCGUGCACGGCAAAGAAGUGCACGUUGCGAAACAAAAACAAACUCAGAAAGAGGUCGUCGGGGAUAAAGAAAUAACACGUAAAAUUACUUCUACUGAGACAACGGAGAUCGAGCAUAAAGCUCAAACACAAGAGAGAGUUGUGGAAGGGCCAGUUAAACCUUCGAAACCACCGAUAUUCACUAAGAAAAUGCAGCCCUGCCGUGUGUUUGAACAUGAACAAGCUAGAUUCGAAGUUGAGUUCGAUGGCGAACCCUUGCCUUUGAUUAAAUGGUAUCGGGAGAAUUUCCCUAUUAAAAACUCGCCUGACUUCCAAAUUCAUACAUUUAGUACCAAGUCUAUAUUGAUCAUAAGACAGGUGUUUGUCGAAGAUUCCGCUGUGUUUGCUGCUGUGGCUGAAAAUAGAGGUGGGACUGCUAAAUGCAGCGCUAACUUGGUGGUGGAAGAAAAAAGACGUCAAGGACGUGGAGGGAUCGUUCCUCCUAGUUUUACGUUAACUGCUCAAAACGUUAACGUGACCUCAGGUCAACUUGUGAGGCUUGACACCAAGGUUACCGGAACGAAACCUAUUGACGUUUAUUGGCUGAAAAACGGUAAGAAAGUCCAACCUGAUAUAAGGAACAAGAUUCUAGAAGAAGAUGGAACUUAUACCCUGCUUAUUCUCGAAGCUUACCCGCAAGAUUCUGGUAAAUACGAGUGCGUUGCAAUUAACAGCGCUGGAGAAGCCAGAUGUGAUGCUGAAUGUGUUGUAAGCCUUCCAGCUACCAAGGACAAGCCUAAACCUCAAACGAAAGCAGCAAAUGCCCCACCCGAGAUUAUCGAACCUUUAAAGGACAAAAUUGUCGCUGAAGGACAGGCUAUUGAGUUCAGUUGUAAGAUCGUUGGGAAACCUCUUCCAACAGUACAGUGGUACAAGGGUGAUAAACUGAUUAAACCAUCAAAAUACUUCCAAAUGUCGAGGACCGCUGAUGAAUACACCCUGCGUAUAUCAGAAGCUUUCCCGGAAGACGAAGGGGACUACAAAUGUGUGGCGUAUAACUCGGCUGGUCGUGUGACUGUCGCUGCGAAACUGAAAGUGACACAGCCCGACCAGGCUGAUAAUCUUCCAGCCCUGACACCUCUUCGUGACAUCGUGGUCUACGAGGGCCAACCGGCCCAAUUUAAAACACAGAUCACCAGCAAGAUCAAGCCGACCAUUCAAUGGCUGAGAGAAGGUGCACUAAUACCGGAGACUCCCGAUUUUCAGAUGAUUCACGAAGGCAACAACGCUGUGCUGCUAAUCGGGAACACAUACGAAGAAGACACUGGCACUUUCACAUGCCGCGCUACCACGGCUGCGGGUCAAGUCGAGACUUCGGCAAAACUAGUCGUCAAAAGUAAGACAUAG